GGAAUCGGUUAAGGGGCGCGGUAUGUUAUUAUCGUGAAUUUAUUUUGUACUUCAACAUUUAAUAAACAAAUUAUUUAAGUUACAAAUAUUUAAAUCGAUUAACAAUGCUCCAGAAAAAACAUAUUUUAACUGUUUUAUCAAUUAUUUUAAUUGUAGACUCAACUGUUGCCAUUUGGUGUUAUCGAUGCAAUUCAGCAACACCUGGCUGUUCAGACAACUUCAAUUGGAAAGGUAUUGGAUACUUAGGAGAUCCAUGUCCUGAGGAUGACGAUAUUUGUGUAAAAAUUGUCGAACGAAAAGGAGCAUCUGAAACGAUCACAAGAGACUGCUUAAGCGCUUUAGUGCCUUAUCGUACUGAUAUUCCCGCUGAUAAAUACGAAGGAUGUCGAAAAGGAACUUAUGAUCCUAAACUGGCAAAUUAUGUCAACAACUCCAUUAAGCAAGUUAAUGUCAAGCGAAAUUACUUUGAUGAAACAAUUUUCUGUUUUUGUUUCCUUGAUCAUCGUUGCAAUGGAUCAUCAGCUCUUAGUUAUUCAACGAUUCUGCUAUUUACUACAACCUUUCUUAUCAUUUUUAGUCUCAUAAGACAAAACUGAAUCUUAUAUUCAACGAAAAUUCUUAAACAUUCCGUCCAAGUAUUUCAUGACAUAAGAUUGAAUCUCUUAAUUUAAAGCUUACCUUUUGCACAAAACAAACGUUUACAAAUAAAAAAUAGUUUUCUAUACAAAAA